CAGUAUAGAACUGUUAACAACUGGGAACCGGCUUUCGGAUGAGAUGUGAAAAGAAAGAGACUCAUGAACGAGGCGUAUUAGAGUAAGGCUAUCUAGGGAUAAAUGUCAGUGGAAGCACAUGAAAAAGAAAGUUGUUCACAUACGAUAGCCUGUAUACCUGGUACUAGAAUGUUCAGCUUCCGUCUUCAAAAAAUCCGUUUCCUGUACUCGCGGACUUUCCCGUUUUAAUCAAGCGCCGAUCACCUAUAGUCUAUUGGGGUAUAUUUCCGGUUGUGCUAUACCAACACCGUGAAAACACUAGUGGUCCCAUGCAGGAACCGCUUUGAAGGGUUUGUGAAAUUGCCAUGGACGUUUAAAAUAAUAUUGUGCUCAUAAUAGGCGGAAUUGUAACGAGGAAAUAAAAUCUGAACAAAAGUUUCGAAACAAUGAGGAAAUUGCAUACUUUGAGUUUCGAGUCUUUACUAGUGUUCUUGUAGCCGCUCUUGUGGAAUCUGUGAAUUUGUCCGAACGAAUACUCUAGAGCGUAGUUUCUUGACAACGAAAGUUUGAUUUCAUUCAUUGUCAGAUAACCUUGUUCAGAUUUCGUGAAACGAAUUAUAACUUCGAUCAGCUUACUUUGGAACUCUUGGGGAGGUCGACUUGUCAUCGGGGAUUUAAGCGUCUUGAAGUUAAUUCCCUUAGGUGAAAGACUUUGGGGUCCGCGCCCCCAAAAUAGAUUGGUUGUCACCAUUGUUUCAUUUGCGCAUCCCGAGAUUAAUACUUGUAACGCAUCGAUGCCGUUAUUAUCUUGAAUUUCGGAAAUAUAAAGACUUGAAACCAAAAGUUUCAUCUUAAGACGAUAAGACAAUGGAAAUGCUGGACACUAUUAGCACAAUACUCAUGGAAGAAUAAGCGCUUUUAAAGAGGUGUAUGUACAUUUGCAAGUUUCCUUUGUAUCUUUUGAAGCUGACAAUUCGGUUAAGACGCGUCUUGUAUGUGCCUGUCCAAGUAAUAAUAUUAAUAAAGAUUCCCUUAAAUAUGUCGAGUGUAAUAUCAACGUCAAGUUCAAGUUAACUGGAGCGAACAGCUCAGCUAAUCACUUUGAGACACGAGUGUUAUAGGGUGUUCAUCUACUUGUUAUGGCGUCCUUUCUGUGUUCGAAAAAGUCCCUUUCCGGGCUCAUGCUUCUAUGUUUCUACCUGGUGACUACAAUCAAUGCUGUCAAUAUAGACAUGACUUUGGUUACCAACCACCCUCUUUUGGAUCCGUUUAACACUGAUGAUCAGUAUAUCAGCAUCUACCUUGGACAAGAAGAUGCUACUCUAAGAGACUCUAUUGCAUUUGAACGUAUCAUCAAGACUGCAGAUACCGCAGGUCGCCCGGAAUACAACACGUCAAAUGAAGCUCAUGUUGUAAGGUUUGAUUUCCAACAAUCACAGGGUAUCGCUGCAUUGGGUGCAUUCCGUAUAGGCGUCGAGUAUGAAGGAGAAACGCACAAUAGUUCAACUAUUGUCCUCAUGCAUAAUGCUACAAUCGCCCCCGAACAAACAACUUUGACUGCCCAUCUCGGAGAAACUGUGACAAUCCCUUUCAAAACAGAUAUGAAGACUGACACACUCAAGUGGCGGUUUAAUGGGGAUUCAAUAUCUGGCUCUAAAGGAAAGCAGAAUCUCACUUUGGAAAAUAUACAGAUGGAGAAGGCUGGAAUAUAUAAAUGUUUUAUACAGUCACACAGAUGGGAUGCAGAUCAACAAGCAAUACAGCUCCUUCAUAUCAUCAGAUGUCCAGCUUACCAUUGGGGACCUGACUGUGAACGAGAUUGUCCUGAGUGUCUUAACGGAGGCAGGUGUGAUGUAGACUCGGGGGAGUGUGUAUGUCCUCCUGGUUUUAGCGGGACAAAAUGCGAUCAAGUCCUGGGGAGCAACCGGUUUGGACAAAAUGGCAGUUUUUCCUGUGACACCUCAGGAGAUGACCACAGUCUAGCGUGUCAGGGAAAACUCUUCUGCCUCCCAGAUCCCUACGGAUGCACCUGUGCAGCGGGAUUCAUGGGGAUCGAUUGCACAAGAGAAUGUGCACCUGGGAGAUAUGGAGCCAACUGCUUGCAAGAAUGCCACUGUGGCCCACCAAACAACUGUAAGAAGGAUACAGGAGAAUGUACGAAUGGGACUACGUGUGCAGAUGGCUGGACAGGCGUCAAUUGCCAAGCUAAAGGUUCACCCUCUCUCGACACUGAUGAUGAUAUAGUAGUGAUUCCGGAUAUUGCAACCACUUCUUUCUUCGCUCCCAUUGCUGACACCACUCUAGCUCCAAUUCCAGUCACCACAGGAGAUACCACCCCCGUUAGCACAACCGAGACUCCACAACCAGUUCCAUCCUUUGAAAUAUCAAGCUUCCAUUACUCCCAGGUUAACAACGGGAAUCCUACUACACUGGUUUGUGUCGUGAAGGCAUCUCCGGGUCCUCCUGCACUUGAAAGCAUGAGCGUCACCAACACAGUGAACGGACAAGUAACGAUCAUUCCACGACUCAAUUCCACCGCUAAUGAGACAACCAGAACAUCCUGGUACCAGGUUAAGGUGAGACUUGAUGAGAUGCCCAAGAACUACACGUGUCUUUUCCAUGGACCGGGCGGGGGUAGUGUCUCAAAAGAUCUUGCUGUCUAUGUGUUUGAGCCCCCGAGGUUUAAUAGAAAUGAAGCUCACAUCCUCGUUCAGGAACGAACAUCUCAAUCGAUCAGCAUAAGCUGGUCACCUUGGGAAAGAAAUCAAGAUUACGGCAAUGGACCAGUGAUUGGAUAUUAUGUCUACUACAACAUCCAUGGUCAUCAAGAUGAUGUAGAUAGGGUUUUCACCAGCGAUGUAACCUAUACCAUCACUGGAUUGACACACGAUACACAGUAUGAUAUCAGAGUCACUGCUUUAAGAGAAGGGGAACGGGGAGAGGGGAGUUACAGCUCACCAAUAACAGAAAGGACCAGCUGUAUUGCACCUUCUGCCGCACCUGUCUUGUCUCUGGAAGAUCAAACUCAAUCAUCCAUCUCUUUGAGUUGGGAGAUGAUACCUGAGGAAACAUGGGGGUGCAGUUCUCUUUCGGAAAUCCUCAUUAUUGUUAGCACCAAUGGACAAAAUGACCGCCGCCGAAACUCUUCAUUUAGUGCUGAAAAUGGCACAGCUACUAUCAACGACCUUCAGGACUGUACUACGUAUCGCAUCGAAGCGGCUUUUCAGAACAGGGAUGAGUUGGGGAUCUACUCAGAUGCGUUGUCUGUGAGCACAUCUAAGAUACGACCUGCAACUGUAGAGAACUUACGGACGUCGCCAGCAACCACCCACAUUGAUGUCACCUGGGUAGUAUCUUCGAGUAUAUGUGCUCCUGACUACUUUAUCUUACGAUACAGUCUCUACAGAAAACUUGCAUGCCCAUCACCAGAAACCACCCUUGUACAAAUAGAAGUCAACACCACAUCUACACUAUACAGGCUAGAUGGGUUAGAGCCUUAUUCGACGUACACGAUUUCUGUUAUCGCAGUAAAUAGUAUCGGGGAGAGCGAACCGACGACUCGCAGUGUUGACACAGGGGCGGGACGACCAGCUACCAUCAGGAACGUCAUGGUGAAUCCAGAAAAAACGUCUCCAACACGACUAGCGUUCACCUGGGAACCGCUCGAUUGCAGAAAUGUGAAUGGGGUAUUCUGGUACUACUAUCCAAGAAUCUAUGCGGACGGUGAUAGAACAAAGCGACCUGAUGGUGGUGAAUACUUAGAAUAUGACUUAACAUCAUCAUCACUCGAGUUCAACGAACUCGAGCCGUGUACAAUGUACGAACUGAAUAUAUAUGCUGGAAAUACAGACAGGCAAACUGGAGAAGAGUCCAGAGCAAACGGCUUAACAAGUGUUACAAUUAACAGUGCUUCGACAUUUGGAUAUCAACAUAUGAUAAGUGUCUCUUGGAGCGUUCCAUCUGGAUGCGAAGUUGAUUACUACAGGCUAUCAUAUCAACUCUCCUCACGUCGAGCCUGUCCAGAUGUUCCUGUAAUAGAUUCUGAAAUCAAUGAACUCAACGUUACGUCACCCCCUUAUACAUCGGUUACCAAAAACAUUCCAGACCUGGAGAAUUAUGCUACUUAUAACAUAUCAAUCAUAGCUGUGAUCGAUGGAAUAGAGAGCCUACCUAGAAGUGUUCAAGGAAACACUGUUGACGGAAAACCCUCUGCAAUUGAGUCUGUGUCAUACACAUCAACAGCUCACUCUUUGACAUUUGAAUGGGAGGAACCCUCGUGUGAAAACCUACAUGGCAAUCUCAAUGAAUAUGAGAUCGACUUCGUCUACUCGCAUAGAACUGCGCGGCAAACACUGUCCAGAGAAAAAAAUAGCCUGACAUUCACAGACCUUAUUGGUUGCACAGAAUAUACCUUUACCAUAAGAUUAGUGACGGCCAAUAAUUACAGAAGUGAAUGGUAUGAUAUUACGGCACCGACAAAUAUAUCAGAGCCUGGAGAGCCCAUCAUCAGAGAGAUUAGGAAGCAUCGGGCAGAAGGCGCUACAGGUCUUAUAGUCCACUGGGAUCCUCCUUCUACUCCUCCAUGCGAGCCUACACACUAUCAAAUCCAGUAUUAUAUUUAUCAAGGCGAUAAGUGUGAGGAUAUACCCAGUCAGCCUCAAUUAGGCCUAACUUCAGCAGGGUCUGUCAAUGGAUCAACCUUCACCUUCACCAUCCUGGAGUUACGUCCAAACUCUGAAUAUAUGGUCUUUGUGAGAGCCCAAACAAGCAGUGGUUACGGUGAUUCUGAUUCUCAAAGAGCUCUCACGGGACAUUCAUAUCCAUCUGGUCCUCCAACUAAUGUCCAUUCAACUUUCACCAAGAAACGAAGUAUUACCUUUACUUGGGAUAAACCAGCAUGUGGUUAUCGGAAUGGACCAAUUACAAACUACGACGUUAUUCUAUUUGAUUUAGCAGGAGGCGUAGUAGAUCAACGUAAUGUGUCGGAUAGUACAACACCCGAGGCAACAAUAGAUGGCCUCAUCCCAUAUUCAAAUUACAGUAUCAGGGUCAGAGCAUGGAACUAUGAACUACCAGGGGUUUAUUCUACAAAGGUUUGGGCACAGACAGAUGAAGCAAGUAAGACUGAACCAGAAGCCUGGACACCCAUAAGAGUAAAUCUUCCAGCUUCUGACCAGGGGAGCAUCACAGUGGAAUGGAUGUCACCAAACCCUCCACUGGGAAGGAUAAUAGGUUAUUACCUUCUCUAUUGGGAGACGGAUGAUAGUAGUGUCACGCCUAUAGUCAGGAAUGUUAGCUCUCCAUGUGGAGAUGGUCUGUGCUCUGACAUCAAUCAAAGGUUUUCGGUGGUAAUCCCUGAUCUUCGGCCGGACACGAAUUAUUCCGUCCAGGCAAUAGCAGAGACCAGUCUAGGUGUUGGUGAUCGAGGUCCAGAUGAUCCUUUGGUCAGGCUGACAUCGGAAGGAAUUCCAAGUGCUCCCCAAAAUGUUGCUGUAUCCAGUAGGUCGAAAUCGUUGAUGAUUACCUGGAACAAGCCAAAGUAUCCUCGUGGCAAAAUCACCUCUUACACGCUGGCGUACAAAGUGAAAGCAAAGCCGUACGACAGUUCAUUCCAAAUGGGAGAUUCAUUCAUGAUAAAAGCAUUAGAUGGAGUCUCCACGAGUUUUCUUCUUGAAGAUCUGGAGCCAGCUACGCUUUAUGAGGUCUAUGUGGUAGCAUCUACCAGUAAAGGAAAGGGGGAAUCCAGUCCGCAUGUGGAUGAAUUUACCGAACCACCUACAGUUGAUGAACUUCCUAAACCGAGCAUACCAGUGAUUGUAAUGUCUCCCAACGGUUUGCCAACCAUUCCAUUUUCUGAUGCGCUUGAUUCUCCAUAUAUAACAGACGUUCUUGUUGCUGUUGAAGAGAGGCUUCCGGACGCGAGACGAAGACGUCAGCUGACAGGGUACGGUACCUUCGCCGAGAACCCUUCAUCCUACAUCGCAGCCAAGGUCGGCAAGGAUCGCCUCCCGUUAGAUAUCACUGUAGGAGAUAACCAGACGUAUGGAGGGUAUCACAACGCACCCCUGAAAGACAAAGCAACCUAUGAUAUACGGACAGGUGUCGAGAGUAACAUUGGUGGACAGAAAUCCACCCUUUACGGAGAUGCGAUAACGUAUCAAACAGGCUCGAAAGGUGGUGGUUCUGUAGUACCUAUGGUGAUAGGGGUAAUAGUGGCACUUCUUCUUGCAGCUGUGGUAGUAGUUGGUGUUCUAUAUUACAGAAAGAAAAAAGGGAAGUUGGAUCGUCUUCCAGCCUCUAUACUCAGACCACGAAGAACGCCACCAGUCAGAUCUAACAACAGGAACCAGAUGAACGACAAUGUGCCACUGAGACAAGUAAACAGCCUAAAUCGUAGUGGAACGCUGCCCAAUGGGUCAUCCACUGAUGGCUUGUGUAACGCCGAGAUCAACGGGGAUGACGGGGCUAUCUAUGCGAACAUGCAACCAGAAGAGAAUGCACAUAGACCUAUCCCUCUUGACCAACUCAUCACCUAUGUGGCACAGAAGAAGUCGAGCGCGAAGAAUGGAUUCAAGCAAGAUUAUGACGUAAGUGAUUAAGGUAUCCAAGGUCGGCAACUUCACCCAUGGGACGUGGCUAAGAAGAUUGAGAACCAAACAAAGAAUAGAUAUAUCAACAUUAUUGCUUAUGAUCACUCGAGAGUCCUUUUGCCUAUGCUUGACAAUGAUCCACAUUCUGAUUAUAUCAAUGCAAGCUUCAUUGAUGGUUACAAUUAUCCAAGAAAGUACAUCGCUGCCCAAGGACCCAAUAUCGCAUCGGUAAAGGAUUUCUGGCGAAUGAUAUGGGAGGAGGACUGUGGCAAGAUUGUAAUGUUGACCAACUUGGUAGAGGGUGAAAAGAAAAAAUGUGAGAAGUAUUGGCCAGACAAGAAGAUGUUGUAUGGAAAGAUAACUGUUACGAUGAACAGUACAGAAGUGAACACACACUACACGGUUAGGACAUUCACUGUCAUGUUUGAUAAUAGCAUCCGUGAAGUUGUCCAAUACCACUAUACCUCAUGGCCUGACAUGGGUGUACCAAAGUACACCACACCUCUCAUGAACUUCAUCAGGACUGUCAAGCAACACCACACAAACAGUAUUGGACCAAUGAUUGUUCACUGCAGUGCUGGUGUUGGACGCACAGGAACCUUCAUCACACUAGACGCAAUGUUGGAUCAGGCUGAGGCAGAGAAUACCAUAGAUGUCUACAAUUUCAUCACAGGCUUGAGGAAUAGUCGGAUUAAGAUGGUUCAAGUAGCGGAGCAAUAUCAGUUCAUCUUCGAUGCUCUGUUAGAAACCUUUGUCUGUGGGGAUACCAGCAUAGCUCAAGAUCUUUACCUUCAGCGGUACCCGUCAUUGUUAGCCCCGAGUCCAGAUACCGGAUCCACACUGCUUCAGGAACAGUUCGAGCGCCUUGACAUGUUCACCAUCAGAGCAAGAGACGAUGAACUGAGAACUGCCAGAAACCCAAUGAACUCCCACAAGAAUAGAUACCGUGACAAACUACCAACGGACAAAUCCAGGCCAUAUCUGAUCACAGAGGUUGAUGGUGGAACCAACUACAUAAAUGCUUCCUUUUUGCCCGGAUACACAAAGAAGGACAUGUUCAUUGGUACCCAGACCCCUCUCCCAGAUACUGUUGUUGACUUCUGGCGAUUGAUCUUUGAUUACAGGAUUUCUACCAUUGUCAUGCUCAACGGUAUGGCCUCAGAGGAUCAGUCUAUGGCAGAAUACUGGGCGUACUCUUCACAGAGUGACAUCACCCAUGGUCCCUUCACGAUAACACUCCUCAAUGAGGAACAUUAUGAUGAGAUAUCAUGUAGGACAAUGGAAGUCAGAAGCACAACUUCCAAGUCUCGAGUUCACACAGUGUAUCAACUGCACCUGACGACAUGGCCAAUGGCAUCUGAGGUAUGUACCUCUGCAAUCUCUUUCAUGGAGCUUCAUCGUAGAGCCAUGGUAUGGAAUGAAUCCAAUGCCAAAGACACACCAAUCCUGGUCCAUUGCAAGGAUGGUGAAGGGGCCACAGGAACUUUCUGUGCUCUCUCAUCAGUCCUGGAGAGACUGAAUGUAGAGAAACUGGUAGAUGUAUUCCAGGCAUGUAAGAGACUGAGGGCAAUUCGGACAGGGGCUGUGGCGUCACUGGACCAGUAUGAGUUCAUCCACUCUGUUAUGAGACUGUAUUUGGAUUCUUAUGACAUCUAUGAAAACUACCGGACAUAGGGGCCCUCAGUGUUCUCUCCUAAACGUGAACAAGAUAUGGAAUCAAUCGGGAUCUGUCCAAUUGUUCAGUCAUUUUAUUUAGCUUAAUUAUCUCCAAAUAUAUUUAAUAACAAUUCCGAUACUAAUUGUUUUGUUAUCCAUUUAUAGAAAUUCAUGUUGUUUUCAUGCAUACAUAAACAAAUCCUGAAAAUGAAAAUGCAUAAGUGAUUUUUGUUUAUAUGUAAUAUAGACAAACAUUAUAUGGGCAUAUAUCCGACACAAUAAGGAAAAUUGUCAGAUUUAAAUUCUUUCACUUAAUAUUUUGCGCUGCUUCAGUUACGGAAUUUAUACUUAGAUGUUGGAAUGAAUAAUUUUACGAGAUGAUUAAGGCAAUUAUUUAUAUAUUUUGCUAAUGUGAACAAAGAGGGUAUCAAGGAGAGAAUCCCCCUUCCAAUUCCUGACAGCGAUGGUUUAUUGAAAUGUUUAUAGUUUUAACCUAUAAUCCAGGUAGCUGGAUCAUGCAGCCCCCCAUCAUUUUCGGCCUAUGAUCAUAAUGCUGGAAGAUUGCGCAGCGAUGUUACUCUAGCUUGUUGUUAUAUUGUCUGAAGUCUUGAGUAUCUUAUUCCCAGACAAGUCGUUUGGUAGGGUGUCAUACAAUUUUACUCAUGCAUUUAUCACCCCAAAUGGGUCAAGAACCGGAUUUUAUUUAUAAUGUUACUUCAAAUUAUUAUUUCAAAUAAUACAAAUCAAUAAAUCUGUUUGAUUGAUCAAUAAAAAUGUGUUACCUGCAUGGGGAUAAGAGUUAGCUAUUGUAGAAUUAUGAUAGAAUUUUGGUUGGAAAAUACAAGAGGUAUUAACUCUACUGUUGACGGAUUUUUGGGGUACUGAUUUAUAGCUAAUGAAAUAUGCAUCAGUUGCAAUAUUUAGUGGCAUUUAUCGCAAUUGAAGAAGAUGACAUAGAUUUUAGAUACCAUCCCCAAUGCUUUUUAAGGUAGAGGGGGAGAUAUAUUGAUUCAUUGUUCCACAUAAUAUUAUUUUACUUUUGCACAAAACAUUACAUUUUUUAUUUUCUGGGAUCACUCACUUUGAUUUCUCUCAAUAUUCUUAUGAUAGUGUACCAUCUGUUUCAUGAUACUUUAAUGAUAUGAUCUUGGCGAGUAUGUCUGGUAAACUCAUCAAUUUUGAUUUUGACUGCCGUCUAUUGAUUGCCAAGAUCUAGUGUUUUCUAAUCGUUUUUUUUUUAUUAUUAUUCUUGGACCGUAAGGGGUAUUUGAAUCGCAAGCCUCUGUAAUCUCCCAAAUAUAAAUUGAAAUGAAAGUGAGAUGCCUUAAAAGUACACAGUUAUUCUUGCCAAAACAUUGCAUACCUUCCAUUGUAGUGUUUAUAUUGCAAUAUUUGUUUCAUGUUUUUGUACAUAUUGCAUGUAAUGUAAUUACGAUAGUUUAUGUAUAUAUUCAUAAUAGAAAUUGAAUGUUGAGACAUGAAUAAAAGCUUGAAUGUUUUUUUUUUAUAGUUACGUGGUAAACACAAGUUUCUAUAAAUAUCUUCAAGUCUAUCCUACCUAGGUGGGUUUCAGCUAAUAGAUAAAUCAUUAAAUGAAAGAAACAAUGAUGUAUGAUUUUUCUAUAAACUGUAUUUACUCGUUGCUAUCACAAUGAGACGUUAAUCGGGAGGUUAAUAAAAUGUUAACAUAUUCCAAUAAUCAAAGCAUUUUGAAGAUACUUGGAGAAAAAAGUAUGUUAAUGUAUAGAUUUAUAAAACAUUGUGCCAUCAUAAAUUUCAUAUAUUUCGUACCAUAGUCAUACAUAAUGUACGUGCCAUCAUAUGCAAUACUAAAUUCUAUGCAUUUUAAAUACCCGUUUACAGAAAUUCUAUGUUUCCUUUUUUGUAUCUGAAAGCAUACUACAUUUAUUAUUACCCAGAAUGUGAUGCAUGAUAUCAAAUUGAAAAUUGUAACGAUUUAUAGUGGCUUGAUUGUAAGACACUAACUAUUAUGAUUAUGUUGAUGAUAAUGAUGAUGAAGAUGUUAAUAAAGAUGAUUGAUGAUGAUAAUGGUAAUAAUAAUAUUUGAAUGAUAAUAAUAGCAAUAAUAAUAAUGAUAAUAAUAAAAAAGAAGUAUAUUGAUAAUGUAAUUAUUGACGGUGAAAACAUAGAAAUAAUAAUGACACUAGUAAUACAAAUUAUAGUAAUUCUUGCUUUUAUAUACAUGCAUAUUGCUGCCAAUAUCAAUGUGGUGUUAAAAAACAUUUGAAAUUCCAUAGUUGUCUUUUUCAGAUAAUUAUCUGUAUUGUAAGGAGUAGAUGGCUAUUUCUGAACCGGUUUUGACUCAUAUAGUACUAUGGUGUUAUUCUAAACGAAAUGAUUAAAUACGAAUUUGUUUGAUAAA